AUGAAGAGUGCCGCGGCAGCUAGGGUUAUGUUUCCAGUGGGCGAAAUCCGGCAGUUUCGCGAGCCAGUGAAGGCUGCAGAGCUUAUGCUAGAGUCACCAAACUUCUUCUUAGUAAAUUCGAAGUCCUUAGCUAUUGGUAGAAGAUUUUCUCCUCUAUCUGCAGAUGAAGAUUUGGAGUUUAGCAAUUUGUACCUUAUGUUUCCAAUGAGAAGGGUGAAUUCAGUAGUCAUGGCUGCCGAUAUGGCCGUGUUUCUGAUGGCAGCUAACACUGCGCCUAAGCGGAUAUCCGGUGGCAACACCAUGAGGAUAUCGCCAGAAGCGGUGGCGCAGCCGGCAGUACCUGCUGAUGAUCAGGUUGAGAAUGAGACAGGACGAUCGGGAUUUAAUUUAGAAGAUGUAGCAGGGUUUCCUAUAGCAGAUUACAAGUAUAGGCACUCAUUGUGCAGAUCAAGAAAGCCAAUGUUGGAUACAAUUACCGAAGAACCAGUCAGUACAAGUUGA